CGCCUGGAAGUAGGAAGAUUAGGAAUGGCGUAAAGGAUGAAUUAACUAACAGGAAUAGUUACUGUAAGGUCAACACGUUAUGGUCAAAGUCACCUUCAGACUGAUUCGCCAAAUCUGAAGCGAAGAAUCCAGGUGGGCUUCAUGACUCAACCGUGGGAAAAGUCGAGGGGGUCACACGUGUGUCACGGUGGUCACGUUCCAAGCACUGCCUGGACAAAGCAAUAGUAGUUGGAUAAACAGCCAAGAUGGUACUGUCAUGUCGAUUUUACAAGAACAGAUUCCCAGAAGUGGAGGAUGUUGUCAUGGUGAACGUCCGCUCCAUUGCCGAGAUGGGAGCCUAUGUUCAUCUGCUAGAGUACAACAAUAUUGAGGGCAUGAUUCUGCUCAGUGAGCUGUCCAGGAGACGUAUCCGAUCUAUCAACAAACUCAUCCGAGUGGGGCGCAGUGAAUGUGUUGUAGUUAUAAGAGUUGACAAAGAUAAAGGAUAUAUUGACUUGUCCAAAAGACGAGUUUCCCCAGAGGAGGUGGUGAAGUGUGAGGAGAAGUUUGCCAAGGCCAAGGCUGUAAACAGCAUACUGCGACACGUGGCAGAGAUACUUGGCUACACAUCUGAUGAACAGUUUGAGGAGCUGUACACAAAAACUGCAUGGGCCUUUGACGACAAGUAUAAGAAACCUGGUACUUCAUAUGAAAUCUUCAAACAUGCCGUUACGAACCCAGAGGUCCUUGAUGAGUGUAACAUUGAUGACGAGACAAAGGACGUGCUGCUCCAGAACAUCAAACGUCGACUGACACCACAGGCAGUGAAGAUCAGGGCAGAUAUUGAGGUUGCGUGUACAAAUUAUGAAGGUGUUGAUGCUGUGAAACGAGCACUGAAGAAAGGGUUGGAGUUGUCCACAGAGAACCUGCCUAUCAAGAUCAACCUGAUUGCCCCUCCCCUGUAUGUGAUAACAACCCAGACCCUGGAGCGUACAGAGGGGCUGGCCAAGCUGAACCAGGCAGUGGCUAUGAUCAAGGAGAGCAUAGAGGAUGCAGGAGGGGCCUUCAACAUCCAGCAGCAGGCCCGUGUGGUGUCCGACAUCGAUGAGAUUGAGCUCGCCAAACAGUUGGAGCGUUUGGAGGAAGAGAACCGGGAGGUUGAUGGUGAUGCUGACGAUGAUGAUGAAGAAGAGUAUGGGAUGGUGAUGCCCGAUGACAAACUAGCCGAUGUUGACAUUGUUAAAGAAGACUAAGAGACGUGUGGAGGGGAGUGCUUAAUCAUCAGAUUUUCGCUGGACUCGUCAGUCUCCUACUGAUCAUUGACCUGAUGCCAUUGUUGACAUCACCACUGUCUGAUGCAAACAUAUGUGUUUCCCAAACACUGAAUCAUUAAUUGUAUUGAUUUGGGCAGAUCUGGUGCAAGAUCUGAGACUGGUGCCAUCAACUCUGUAUACUGAGAUCGCCAGGAUGUUCGGAACCAGGCACUCAGUCCUGAUGUGGAGCCAAUCAGCAUCUGCAUACAGCCACAUGUAUAUUGUAUUCUACGAGAUGUCAUUAAAAUUCAAUGUGUAUAAAUCAA